AUGGCAAAAACUGCGAUCAUCACUGGAAGCUCACGUGGUAUUGGUGCUGCUUCAGCGAUUUUAUUUGCGAAGAAGGGAUUCAAUGUCGUCCUCCAAGGGCGGAACAAGGAAAAACUCCAAGGAAUCAAGGAAGAGUGCGAAAAAGCCGGAGCCGCGGGAGUUUUGGUCGUCGAACUUGAGCUUUCAAACCAUGCUGAUCUCCCUCGAGUGGUCGACGAAACCAUCGAAACAUUCGGCGGCCUGGAUGUUCUUGUCAACAAUGCAGGAAUCGGCUUCUUCACGAAUCUCGAAGAAGUGACUGGAGAGAUGAUGGACAUGGUUUUGGGAGUCAAUCUCAAGGCGCCAAUUUUGAUUUCGAAAGCGGCGAUGCCGCAUUUGAAGAAAUCGAGAGGGGCCAUUGUUAAUGUUUCCUCCCUCGCGUCUCAUAUUCGAAGCAACAAUUACUUGGCGUAUGCGAUUUCCAAGGCCGCGCUUGAUCAGUUCUCGUUGAUUUUGUCGGGCAACUACGCCCCCGACGGAGUUCGAGUAAAUACAGUUCGCCCAGCCGCGGUGGCAACUGACAUGUUAGUAACUUCGGGUGUUCCAAAGGAGAUGCUUCCAGCGCUUGUCCAGAUGAGUGCGGCAAAACAGCCAUGUAACGGGAUUCUUUCUGUGGAAGAAGUUGCUCAGGCAAUUUGGAAGUGCUGCGAUCCUGCUCUUCCCAGCAUGACAGGCCAAAACAUCACCAUCCACGGAGGCCGAAUCGAAGACAAACCAUGGGUCAACCCAAUGGCUCCCCAAUAG